AAGGGUCUAAGGAUAACUCUGGGGCCAUCAUGGUCAUGAUUCUCACAGAAGACCCUGAGAUUUCUGUACUUGAGCAAUGUCAGGUGCCACCAGACUCCUUCUGAGACCCUUGCCCUAGAGGAUGGCCAAGGGGCUCCUGGUGACCUAUGCUCUUUGGGCUGUAGGGGGUCCUGCUGGGCUCCACCACUUGUACCUGGGAAGGGACAGCCAUGCCCUGCUCUGGAUGCUUACCCUGGGUGGGGGUGGGCUGGGCUGGCUCUGGGAGUUCUGGAAGCUCCCAAGCUUUGUAGCUCAGGCCAACAGAGCCCAGGGCCAGAGGCAGAGCCCAGGAGGGGGGACACCCCCUUUGAGUCCCAUUCGCUUUGCUGCUCAGAUGGUAGUGGGCAUCUAUUUUGGCCUUGUGGCUCUGAUUAGCCUUUCUUCCAUGGCCAACUUCUACACUGUGGCCCUCCCACUGGCAGUUGGCUUAGGGGUCUUGCUGGUGGCUACUGUUGGCAACCAGACCUCAGACUUCAAGAACACUCUAGGAGCAGCAUUCCUUACUUCCCCUAUCUUCUAUGGCCGCCCCAUAGCCAUCCUACCCAUCAGCUUGGCUGCCAGCAUCACAGCCCAGAAGCAUCGCAGCUACAAAGCUUCAGUGAAGUCAGAGACACUCAGUGUGCGGCUCUACCGGCUAGGCCUGGCUUACCUUACUUUCACGGGCCCACUGGCAUACAGUACCCUCUGCAACACAGCUGCCACCCUCAGCUAUGUGGCAGAAACCCUUGGCUCCUUCUUGAAUUGAUUCAGCUUCUUCCCCCUUCUU